AUGCUUCCCCUUCGCCGAAAAUCGCGUCGAUGGAUCCCAUUUGCCGCGACGCUGCUUGGACUCUUGGUCGUGCUGCAGCUCCUGAGGGGCCCGCAAUGGUCCAUGCUAGCCGGGGCCGCGACGAGGAGCAGCGGUAGCGACACCAGUCGUAGCACAAACUCGGCUGUCUCGACAGAAACGCCGGCCAAUUCGCAUCAAUUCCUCUGUCCGUCAAUGCCCGGCAUCGAAGACGUCUUGGUUGUCCUCAAGACCGGCGUCACCGAGGCCCUCGACAAAGUCCCCGUCCACGCGAGGACAACAUUCCGCUGCGUGCCCAACUACCUCGUCGUGUCCGACUAUGAGGAAACCAUCGAGGGCGUGCAGCUACACGAUGUGCUAACCCAUGUCCAAGACGGCGUCAAAGCGAACAUUGAGGAUUUCAAUCUCUACAACCGGCUCAAAAUAUACGGCCGCCAAGGCCUGGUGGACGAGGAUGCCACGGAGGAAGAAAACGGCGUUUUUGGAAUGCCCAACAACCCUGGCUGGAAGUUGGACAAGUGGAAGUUCCUGCCCAUGAUCGACGAAGCGCUCAAGAUGAAGCCCACUGCCAAGUGGUUUGUCUUUAUGGAGGCCGACACACACAUUGUUUGGCCAAAUUUGGUGCACUGGGUCACCCAGCUAAAUCACCAAGAGCCACAUUACCUAGGCACGGAAACACAGAUCGGAGAAGUCUUGUUCGCCCACGGCGGGUCUGGUUUCAUCCUGUCCCAGACGGCAAUGCGCCUGGCUUCUAUGCAGCGCAAGACUUUUGUCGACGAAUAUGACGAAUACACCGAUUUGGAAUGGGCCGGCGACAUGGUCCUCGGAAAAGUGCUCAAAGAUGCCGGAGUGGACUUGACGUUUACCUGGCCUUUGCUGCAAAAUGCGCGCUUGGGAGAAAUCGAGCCGCUCACCAACAAUUUCUAUCGCCAACCGUGGUGUUGGCCCGUGGUCGGAUUCCACCAUCUGAGCCCGGAAGAUGUGGAGCAGAUGUGGAAGUUUGACCAAGACUGGUUUAUUAAGCGCCACCACAAAUACCUUCUACACUCGGACGUUUUCCGCGAACGUCUACUCCCACAAAUGACCGCCGGCAUCCACCAAGACUGGGACAACCUGGCUGGCGAUCUUGUUGAAGAUCCUUCCGUCGACACAGUCGUAGCAUGCCGCAAAUUCUGCGAAAAGGACGGGCUCUGUCGGCAGUUCAGCUUCCGAUGGGACGAAGACCCGGACAACGGAGGCGUGCGACGACCAGAAUGUCGCACAUUCGAGUCCCCGCGACUCGGUGUUGCUAGAGAGGGCACACAGUCCGGCUGGAUGAUGACCAGAAUAGAGCUUACAUCCCGGGCCAGGGGAUAUUGCCAGUGGCCGGAAUGGCAGUAA